CAGUGAUCUCAAGGUUUGUUGUAAACCAAACUAAUUAUUUGGGUCUGUGCUUGAUAUGGAAUGAAGAAACUAGAAACUGGAUCCUCUAUUUCUAUCUGCCAAGGGGCAUCUGCAACAACUAUGGACAUUGUGGAUCUGACAUUACAAUCCAUCCUUGAGGUUAAAUUACAGAGAAUCACAAUAAUUUCAGUUCCUGUUCUUGUAUUUGUUGGCUUGAUUCUUAUCAGCUAUUACUUUUGGGGAACCUGUGCAAAAUUAGAAGGAUUUCAGAUUUCUUUAUCUGGUUAUGGCCUCAUGCUUGUCAAGGGUAUUCUGGCCAAUGGACAAGAAAUUGCUGUGAAGAGGCUUUCAAGAAGCUCUGGGCAAGGAUUAAAUGAGUUCAAGGAUGAAGUUGCACUUAUAGCCAAACUUCAAGAUUGGAAUCUUGUAAAGCUUCUGGGAUGCUGCCUCCAGGGAGAGGAGAAAAUGCUGAUUUUUGAAUACAUGGAUGGAGAUCGUGGAAAGAAGGAAAGCCUGAUUGAUUCAUUUUUGGAAGAUUCAUGCACCCUAUCAGAAGUGACCCAGUGCAUCCGAAUAGCCUCCACAACAAUCGACUACAUUUCUCCAUCUGAGCCUCUCCCCGAUGGAAAGACCUUAGUUUCCCAUGAUGGAAGCUUUGAGUUGGGUUUCUUCCAUCCAGGCAGUUCUGGGAACCGGUACCUGGGAAUUUGGAUUGUAACUCAUCCUGUUACUGUUAUGGUUGCCAAAGAAGUGAUAGACCAACCUAAUGUCAACCUUGAAUCCUUAAAACAGGACCCACAGACAGGACAACUUCUUGGAACUAGUCGCAAGGGUCCAUCUCCUACACCCACCAUGGGGUUUCCAGAGCGAUUUUGGGGUAAAACUGCUCUUACAGAGGUUUAUCCUAUUAAUCGGAUUCCAUCAUCAGUACUUAAUAACCAGUCUCCAUACGAGUGUUUAAAUGGUACAUCUGAUGAGCUCUACAAUGCCUCACCACAUGCUCCAACUAGUUCUGUAGAAGGUGAUCUGCCUACUGGCAAUGCAUUAAAUAAUUCUGAGCCUUCUUCUACUUCCUCAUCUGUAUCACUUGUUGAUGUUGUUGAGUCUACAAAUGAGCUUGUUGUCGCAUCCUCAAGCCAUCCUACUCGGCGUUAUAAGGCACGCUUGAUUGCCAAGGGUUUUACACAGGAGUAUGGAAUAGACUAUGAUGAAACAUUUGCUCCAAUUGCUCGUCUGACAUUUGUGCGCAGUUUGCUUGCUAUCACUGCUAUACGGAGAUGGAAAUUGUUUCAAAUGGAUGUGAAAAAUGCUUUUCUUAAUGGUGACCUAGAAGAAGAAGUCUAUAUGAAACCACCUCCUGGUCUCAACCAUCCUCCAAACAAGUUUGGUUUUACUUCCAGUCCACAUGAUACAGCUUUGUUCAUUCGUAAGACUACUCAGGGUAUAAUUCUUUUACUUCUUUAUAUUGAUGACAUAAUUAUUACUGGAGAUGAUGUCGCAGUCACCUCUUCAGAUGAUGGCUACCUACUUUCUCAAGUAAAGUAUGCCUUCGAUCUUGUUUCUAAAGCUGAACUCAAUGAUGCAUAUGAAGUUCACAUUGUUAGUAAGUUUAUGGCUGGUCCUCGCUCCAUUCAUUAUGUAGCAGUACUUUACAUUAUUCGCUAUGUUAAGGGAGCAUUAUUUCAUGGACUCCAUUUUUCUACCAACUAUUCCCAUGUGCUUUGCGCUUACUCUGAUGCUGAUUGGGCUGAUGAUCCUUUUGAUUGUAGAUCUACCACUGGUUACUGUCUUUUUCUUAGUAAUUCUCUCAUCUCUUGGCGGAGUAAAAAACAAACUAUUCCAUCUCACUCUAGUACUGAAGCUGAGUAUAGAGCUCUCAUUGUAAAUAGGGUGAAUCCAAUAAAUGACUCUUCUGGCAUGUUGAUGGUAACAACCACCGAUGAUCUUCAGGUUCUGAGUCAGAACAUAACUACGUUUGAUGGUAGGGAUGGAAAUUCGAGAGCUUACUUGUGGCAAAGCUUUGAUUGUCCAUCUAAUACACUGCUACCAGGGAUGAAACUAGGAUGGGACUUGAGAACUGGCCUUGACCAGCAUCUCUUAGCGUGGAAGAACUAUGAUGAUCCAUCUCCUGGAUUCGAGCCUAAAUCACCAGAUGGACAGACCUCUGGGGACUGGUCUCAAGGAUGUGUCAGAAACAAGCCAUUAAACUGUCAGGCAGGUGAUGGAUUUAUCCAAUUUGGAAGGUUGAAACUACCUUAUGCUACCCAUUCAUGGUGGAGGUCUUUGAAGCUUUUGAGGCGAAUUUUUGAAACUACAGACACAAAAGGACUUUUCGUUCCAAAUACUCAAGUAAAAAUGGAGUGUUUUAGAGAAUUUAGGGAGCUUCGGGGUAACCAGGACAGGGAGGAAGAGAGGGUUAUUAUUGUGGAGCCGAUUAGGACAUCCAGCGAUGGAGAAGAUGUGGGGGAAGGUGCUAGUAGUCCCUCAAUGGAAAAUGUGGAGGCGGAUGUGCUUGUGCUUGAAGAAUGGAAGGGUAAAACUAUAAGUGGUAGACUGGGUAACAUCUGUAGGGCACCACAAAAUUUGCCUGCUGGAUUUAGGUUCAGGGCGGCACUUCACCAUGAAGUAGCAGAUGGCACCGCCUCUAUCAAAGGGUAUAAGAAAUUGGAGGAGAUGCUAAGUACUACUCAAACGAGGUGGUACUACAUUUCUGGGAGAGAGAAGAUGAUGAUUUUUACAAAUGUAAGGAAUAAGGUCGCCAAAUGGAAGAGGCAAUUCAUUUUUGUUCACGAUACGCUAACAGAAAGCGUUAAUAACGAGUUGGCUGCUCACAUCUCUAAGUGGCGCUUAGGAGAAAUGAGCAGCAUGUUAGAGAGGCAGCGUGAACGAGCCCAACGUUCACCAAAUCGUGGGCCUGGGUCUAGCUUGCACAGACAAACUCGUUUUGAUGAACGACCACCUAUGGUGCCGCCCCACAACUCGCGUGCUCGUGAGGACUCAGAUGUUGAGGAUGACGUGCCACUUAUUCGGCGCAGAACGAGCUUCGAGACUCAGCCCAUUCAACCCAUCGUGGUAUGUUCGUCUAAUGUGCCUCCUGCCUUGACACUUGAUGUUGUCAAGACUCCGCCAACAGCCACAUCUGCAUUGGGCCUAAUGAUUGCAUACCCUGAAGGCUUCAGUUACACAAAAACUGACUGCCAGGCCACCAUGGUCUAUGCGGUUGCACUGUUUAAGCGCGAGCAGGGAGCAUGCGGGCAAACCUGUGAGCUCAAUGAAAGCUGUAAAUGGUUUAGUUCUGAGAAGGCAAGCUUGGAAGACGAGGUCAACCACUUGCAAAGCUCUAAGAUGACCAACAGAGCUGCGUCAGUUGAGAGCCAAGCUGACGAGUUGGCUAAUAAUGCUACCAAGAAUGAGGCCGACCGUGCUGAGGCAUGCGCCAAGAAGGCAGAAGCUGAAAGGGAUGACGCUCUGAACGAGUUGAACUCCCUAAGGCAACGGGUGGCCACGACCAAUCAGAAUCUGUCCCGUGCAGAGGAGGCACUAAACAAGACCAAGAGGUCUUACCAGCACUCCGGGGAAGAAAUUGAUGAGCAAGGGAAGAGCCCAGCCCCUCUUACUAAUACCAUUGUGUGGCUAAAGUGGAAGCUAAACGAAGAUGGGGUGCCUAUAUGGCCUCCGUCUAUUCUUGAAGAAGGGGAGGACCUUGAGGGCUUGCCCUGCUUUGACGCUUGGGUGGCCAGGGUACCUAAGGCAGAAGGUGAUUUGUUGAUGAUUUGAACAAUUUCAAUAGUCUCUUGUACUGCAAUGUAUAAUUUUUGAAAGAAAUACAAUGUGGGAGAUUUUUUACAAACUUGUGUAUUAAUUGAACUUUGAUCAUAGAUUUUACAUCUUCUCAUUUUGCUGAGUAACAAUACAAGCUAACUGUAAUACUUUCUGAGAUUAUGUAUAUUCCACGUGAAUGGUAGUUAACAACCUUUUGAAUCUGCUAAUAAACAGGAUCCAGGUCG